AUGAUUCAAAACGAGAGAAAAUCCUCCAGACAGGUGGCUUCUGCUCCUGUCCGGUUGGGGGGCGCAAGGCUACAGGCGACCCCCACCAGGGCCAACCCCGAAAUAAAGCUGGCCAAGAGUUUCUUCGCCGGGGUGGCGGUUGUGGCGCUGCUCGGAGAGCCAGGCGGGCGCGCAAAGCUUCCCUCGGCGACCUCUCCCCAAGAAGCCCUGGCCGGCCUUUUUUUCAGCAGUACCAGCAGGGGGGCCGAGAAGACAUCCAAGGAGGGGGAGGGGGCACGACAUGAACAGGAGAGAGAGACCGAGAGAGACCCCCUCUCCUCCGCGGAAUUGUCCUCCUCUCUUUUUGUUUUCGAAAGAAGGCAAUUCAAGGGAAUCUCCCCUCGCCGAGGCGCAAGAGCGCGCGAGAGAGACCAGAGCGCACAGCCCAAGUCCGGCCACCUCUCUCCGAGGGAAAGAGCGAGGAGGCGGCAGAAGAGGCGACGCCGGAGCAAACUUUGCAAUGGGGAGCCGCCGAGCGAAAGAGAGACUCCGCUGCCGCGCGAGGAGACGGAGGGAGAGCGCAGGAGCCGGCUGUGGCGGGGCUGUGGUGGUCGGUGGUGCCGAGAGAGCGAGGAGGAGGAGGAGGAGAGCCGCCGCCGCCGCCGCUUCUGCUGGCACCGCCGCUUCUGCUAG